GCUUGGCGUGCGCACAGUUAUCGUCGAGCGGUCGUGUCGUCUGAACGUCUCCAGUUGUGGCUUUUCUUUUCCAGCGGGUCGCAGACAUCAAGUUAGUGCCAAGUCUUGCCCGAGCUGAGCAAUUCGAGUUCAAUAAUGCGCACUCAAGUGCUAAGUUUUUGUUUAGCCAUUUUGCUAAUUGUUUGUCUGUUGUAAACAAAAGACGAAAUUAGAUGCGGGGACCAAGUGCCGUGGAUCAGAGAUGGGGAGCCGACCGCAGAGGAUACGUCGGAUUGGCGACAGCCUGCAGAUGCUAACCCGGGAAGCCAGGAGCGAAGUGGUGCGCUGCGAACAUAUGGUAAUAUAUCUCAUGGUCCUGAUAGCAGUAUUCUCCAUUCUAUGGAACAUAUCGCUGAGCAUGAUAUCGGGGGAUCUGUACGAGGGAAUAGUCAGUGCCAAACUUAUCUUCACGGAGCGCAGCCUUGAUAAAAUGGAUGAGCCAAGCAAGGAGAUCCUUCAUCAGGAUUUCAUCAAGGCCACCCAGUAUGCCUAUGGGAGGCAGUAUUCCGUGCAGGAUGUCACGCCCGAACCGCCGAAAAGCGAGAGCCAAAUCUAUAAGUUACCGCAUAUCUAUGAAUCAAUGGAGAAUCGACCGAAAUUGGAGCGUCUGAUUGCCGAAAAGAAAAUGGAGGUAAUUUCUAGCUCAACGACUCCACCGCCGAAGAUUACAUUUAAUGCUGAGGCAGAUCGUCACUUUUUGAGCACAAUGUCCAUCGAUGUGAGGGCCACACUUUGGAAUCGAGGCUCCGGAGCUCAGUUUGUCUAUAUGUUUCCCCUCAUAUCAGAGAUCGUGGCCAUUAUCUGGACAGCCAUGUGUUUGAUUUAUCAGACAGGCAGCAAAAAGAGCUCCGUUCUGCCGAAGCCGUGGCGCAUUGUGGUGCCCUCCAUCGUAAUCUUCUCGGUGAUGAGCUUGGGCAGCGUAAUCUACACGAUCCUGACCAACGGCUAUCUUAAGCGCCUGUGUGGCCAACUGAGGGAGAAUCUCACAGAUCCCACUGCCAUCACCUGCGGCGAUGCCAUCGCACUGCUGCGUCCCAUCAUCCACGACCACAACGUAUCCCACGAUACAUAUCUGGAGCUCUUCCGCUGCAGCUACGUGAUCAGCAUGGUACUGUGGAUUGUGGCCCUCCUGGUCAUGGUGCUGCGAUAUGUAUUUGCCGUGGACUUUCAGCUGGUGGACAUCGAUGAUAUGUUCGAUAGCGGUCGAAAUGAUGUUCCCCAAGUACAGAUUCAACCGGUGUACACUGAAGUAGUGCAGCAGAGCAGUCCGCAGCACCAGUCGCAGAUGCGUCCGAGAUCGGAGGACGACUACCAUAGUGCCAGGUCGCGUUUGAGCGAUCUUGCAGUGCCACUGCUGGAGGGGCAGAGCCAGUCGCAGGUUCCGCCAACAAGUGUGGCCUAAUCCUGCGGCUAGCCAGCAGAUCAGCAAUCUCAGGUUUACUUUUAUACGUUGUGUUAGUGUUUAGUAUAUAACUAAGGAAUAUUUUAUCAACUAACCCAAUAUAGGUUAAGCUUUAGAGGUGCCUCUGGUCGAGAGUACUUGAUCAAUCGA